AUGAAAGCCGGUGGGAAAUCAGCCACGCCAGACAACAAAGGGACUCAAACCCAUGUCGAGCUGAUGACGGCGAAGCCGGAGACUCCCACUCCCAAAUUCAGAGUUCCCUAUGCCUCCACUUUUCCCGAUUCUCUAGGGACGUCGAGGUCUGCGAUUCCCUCCCCUGUUUCGAUCCAUUUAUAUGCUGUUAAUUUGAUCUCUGCCCUGUAUUCACAGAGCUAUAAAAUCUCUGUAAUUAGAAACCAAAUACGCAAUAUGCAAGCUGAAUCUUGA